AUGGCUUAUCCACAUUUAUCCGACGUUCAACUAUGUAAAAAUAAUUGUGGAUUUUUUAGUUCAACAAAAUUUGAUGGUCUAUGUUCGAAAUGUUUUGUCAAUAAAAUUUAUCGUGAAAAAAUUGAAACACAAACGAUUGUUGACGGAUUAAAUAGUAUAGAUGAUAAAACUAUUGUAGAAAUUCAAUCAAUCAAUGUUAGUAAUGCGAGUAAUUCAUCAUUAAAGAUGUUAUCGGAAGAUCAGACAGCAAGUUUAGAAUUAGUAAAUCAAAAUCUAAUAUCAAUUGAUAGAACAACUAUUCCAUUUUCUACAAUGAAUAAAUCUCCAUUAUCGAAUCCGACAGUGUCAGAUGUGAAAAAUAUUUUCAAAAAAAGUAGAACAUUAUUACCAUUAUUGAAUAAAUCGAAUGAUAGUUUGAAAUCAAUGAAAAUAGGAGAUGAAUUAUUCAGUUCUUUUAAAAAACCAGCAAAAUUAAAAUGUGAUAAUUGUACAAAGCGUGCCGGUGUAUUAGGUUACUUAUGUCAUUGUGGUAAACGUCUUUGUACAAAAUGUCGAUAUUCAAACGAGCAUAGAUGUCAAUUUGAUUAUAAAGAAACUGGUCGUAAAGAAUUAUUAAAACAAAAUCCAAAAGUGGAAGCGGAUCGAAUUAACAAUCGUCUGUAG